UGUCACCAAUAGCACAAUGCUCACAAGCAUUCGUCCAAGCAGUCUGUCUGAGGUGCUUCCUACUGUCGACUCCGGGUCUACUGAUGAUGCCACCAAUAGCACAAUGCUCUUAAGCACUCGUCCAAGCAGUCUGUCUGAGGUGUCUUGUGCCACUGAUGUAACCAAAUAUAGCAAGCAUUCCUAUUCACAUGUUGUCAACAGACGUGCCAUGUCGUCCUGAUCCUUCAGCUUUUGAUAUCCUGGAAGAUAUUUGUGGAGGAUAUGUGUAUGGCAAUCAGAAAACCGAAUGUCACAUAGAUAUGGAAAGUUUUCAUUCUAUCAUUGAUGAUCGUCAUUUGUUGCAGGAGCCUGUAAAACUGCCCUUCCAAAAUAAAGUCAUACAAGCUCAUGGCAAAACUGUGCAGAUGACGACUGACAAUUCAGAAAGUGCAACUGAAGAGGACUCAUCAGACACUUCAGAGAAUAGUUCAGACUAUCAUGGUUCGGAGUCAGAUGAAUCUGAAUCUGAUGAGGAAUCAAUUGUAUUUGACCAGCUAACAGAUAAUAGCUCACAAUUCCAACCACGGCCUUGCAGAGGUAAAGCAGAGCUAGAAGCUAAUGGCAAAGUGCAACCGUCUUCUGAUUCAUCUUCUGAUGGAAGUGACUCCUCAUUUGAUGAAAUCCACAUCGAGUAUUACAAACAGAAGGAGGUAGAGGGUGGUUUGAUCCGAGCUUACAACAAAUUCAAUGCGUGUUUGUUUUGUGAAAAACUUGUAAAUGAUGGCGGAGUAACUAUGGGUGACUUCUUAAAGCCAUCUAAGUUUGAUGCUGUAAUUCAAGCUGUUGAGGAUUUGGCAGGACAGGAUGAGGGGGAAGGUGGUGAUCAUGAGCUACAGCGUCCAUCGUUUGCCCUCAAAGCAGGAUAUGAUUUGGCCUGGCUUGCUCGGAUUAAAAGAGGAAGGGCCAUACGAUCCCAUGACAUCACAUCUGAAGAGGAAGCUAAUAAGUUUCUGCAGCUACAUAGAUCAGAAUGGGGUCUUAAAGUUUCUGCCUCAGCUUGCAAUACCCUUAACACUCGCAAAAGCAAGAAACCUGUGAGUUUACCUAAAACCAGUGACCUUCAGAAACUGUCCAAGUAUGUUACCAGUGAGGUUAAGAAAUGCAAUGAAAUGUUCACAACUUCUUCUACUGCCAACUACAGCUUUUUAAAGCGGAUGCAGAAAGUCACACUUGUACGUCUCUUGUUGUUCAACAAACGACGGCCAUUGGAGCUCUCACAGAUCACCACUGACACAUACAUUAAUCGACCAGGAUGGAACAACUCAAGGGUAGAAGAGCUGUUAUGCCAGAUGACAUCUCUUGAAAAGAAGCUGCUUGAGAGUCACGACCUCUUGAAGAUGAUUGGAAAACGGGGGCGAACAGUCCCUGUUAUUGUUCCUCCAGACUGCAGUAAAUCACUAAAUGCAAUUUCCAAGUUGAGGCAUCUUUUCAUUCCUCCAUCCAACCAGUAUAUGUUUGCGAGAAACACACCAUCCACACACAUGCAGGCUGGUCAUGUUCUCAAAGAAAUUAUCUCAGAAGUGUCUCUUGACUCACCACAAGACAUCCGCACAACUAAAAUGCAGAAAUACACUGCAACAGUUGCACAGAUUCUAAGCCUACAGCCACACCAAUUAGAAUGGGUUGCUAGCCAUCUUGGCCAUAGCGUCAACAUACAUAAAGACUUCUACAGGGUGCAGGACUCAACAAUUGAACUGUGCAAGGUCUCCAAGUUAUUGAUGGCCAUUGAUGCUGGUGAUGUGGGCCAAUGGGCAGGCAAGUCUCUGGAUGACAUACAAGUUGAAGAUAUUGAGAUGGAAGCAACUGAUGAAAUUGAUGACGAUGGAGAUGAAGAUGAACAGGAAAUGAACCAGGUCUCACUUCAAACCUGUUUCAACAAGUCAUCAUCAGCCAGAGAACCAAGCCCUUCAUGUGCACCUAGGUGUACUCCAAGAAGAGUCGAAACUGAAACCAGAUCCAGCUCACGUGAGAUGCCAUCCGAGUUAGCUGAAGGAUCAAGACCUCUUCGUGUAUCAGGAAAGGGAGACAAAUUUCCUUGGUCCAAACAAGAGACAUCCUGCAUCUGGGCACAAAUGAGAGAACUCAUCUUGAAAGAAAAGGUACCAGGGAAGAAGGAAUGUCAAGCUUGUAUCACAGCUUCAGUUCCCAUAUUGGACAAAAGAACCUGGCAGUGCGUAAGUAUAAGGUCUAUAAUAUAAUAAACGCGGUCAGGAGAAAAAGCACAAGAUAAAGGCUACUGCAGUACAAAGUACUACAGUGCUUUGUAUUGGUACUGUGUGUUAAGUACCACACGAAACAGUAACGUACAUGUAGCUUGAAGAGGGGCUCUAAAGUCUUUUUAUUUUUUUUCUGCACUUUUUUUUCCAAUAGUCAAAGAAUCCUCAAGGGAGUAAUCAUGGCAGUGGGAAAACCUCCAUUAAAAUGUUGUCAAAAGUCUUUUUAGUUGAUGCUCCUUUUGUAUGAAACCUGAGCGUGACGACACUUGUACAAACAAAAAGUAGGCCUGUAUAUUUAAUACAGCGUGUGUCCCAGAAAGCCUGCAGCUUUUUUGACGAGGCUCUAGCAUCGGUGCGGAAAAAGUACCACUAUUAUUUUUAUACCAUUUUAAGGCUUGGAACCUGAACUUUAUCGCCGCUGAGUAUUGCCUUGAUGUUUAAAAUAGUUUUCAAAUAAGUUGUGUUCAAAAUGUAAAGGCAUGUGGAAAAAAAAAUCAACAGAUUUCACGGACUAUUUAAGUCAAGAUUUUAUUAAAGAAUCUUAAAUCUACCUCACUUUGAUUGAUAGUCAUGCACACGCAGACAUGAACUGAGAAUUCCCUUUCAAAAAAUGUACAGACCUACCGGUAUAUAGUUGUUAAUAUGACAAAUUUUUUUUUCAAUUUUUAAUGGAAGGGUAUCAAAAUAAAAUGAUAUUUUUUACCAUUUAAAUAUUAGGCAAGAGACUUGUGAUCUGUUUUCAACUUUCAUAAGGACUCUGGCUAUUAGAAAGUGUGUGUAGGAAAAAAAUAUUGAAUUUGACCUGAGAGCCUCUUCUUAAUAACCCAUGAAAUACAUGUACAUGCACCACAUUUUCCUGCAUAAUCUUUAAAGUAUUUGUGUUUCAAUUAAACAACAGUGAUUGGGUAUUAUCGAUCGUUGGAGUUGAAAGUAAUAAUCGAUUGUUGGAGUUGAAAGUAAUUAAUGUUAAAGUUGAUGUUUGAGAAUGUUUUUGAUGAAAAACUUGGGGGAUUUGCAAAUCAAACCAAUGUAUUGUAAUUAAUGGAUUUUUAACCAAAACAUUCUAUCAAGGGAGAGCCUAUUUUCAUAAAAAAGACAAACAUUCACUUUCAGUCACAUUAUAUUCACAUUAAAUUCUAAUAAUUUCAAGCUGAAAGGUUGGAGUAAUUUUUUCUUAUGUUGAUUUUGUCCUCAAGUUGUAGGGCGGCAAAGUUAUGAAGCUUCAGUUGAUAUAUCAUGUUUUUUUUUUCAAAGGAAUUUUCUUACUAAUUGUAUGUUUUCGAAUAAUGCUUGUUUAUGAAAAUCACUUGACCCCAACUCAUUGUUAGUCACCACUCUCGACAAAUGCAUUAAAGGUAGAGUACUGCCAUUGGUGACUGGUGGAAAUACAACUCUCAACUUUCAAUGUAAUUGUGAAAUAUGCAAAUCAAAGGUUUAUCGCCAUCAAGGAAAGUAUCAGGACUAUUCGAGUGCUCAUGCUAAAAAUUUAAUAACAGUUAUUGGGCUUUGUCGAUUGUUAGAGUGGUUAUUGUAAUAGUUGAUGUUUGAGAACGCUUUUGACAAAAAAAACUUGGGUGGUUUGCAAAUCAAACAAAUGUAUUGUAAUAAAUGGAUUUUUCAUCAAAACAUUCUUUGUAUGGAGAGCCUGUUUUCAGGGGGAAAAUAAGACAAACAAUAACUUCUAUGAAUUCAGUCACAUUAUAUUCACAGUAAAUUCUAAUAAUUUCAAACGGAUAGGUUGGAGUAUAUUUUGUCUCCGUUGAAUUUGUCCUCAAGUGGUAGGGCGGCAAAGUUAUGAAGCUUCAGUUGAUAUAUCGUGUGUUUUUUUAUCAAAGGAAUUUUCUUACUAAUUGUAUGUUUUCGAAUAAUGUGUGUAUGAAAAUCACUUGACCCCACCUCAUAAUAAGUCACCCCCCUCGACAAAUGCAUUAAAGGUAGAGUACUGCCAUUGGUGACUGGUGGAAAUACAACUCUCAACUUUCAAUGUAAUUGUGAAAUAUGCGAAUCAAAGGUUUAUCGCCAUCAAGAAAAGUAUCAGGACUAUUCGAGUACUCAUGCUAAAAAUUUAAUAACAGUUAUUGGGCUUUGUCGAUUGUUAGAGUGGUUAUUGUAAUAGUUGAUGUUUGAGAACGUUUUUGACAAAAAAAACUUGGAUGGUUUGCAAAUCAAACAAAUGUAUUGUAAUAAAUGGAUUUUUCAUCAAAACAUUCUUUAUAUGGAGAGCCUGUUUUCAGGGGGAAAAUAAGACAAACAAUAACUUCUAUGAAUUCAGUCACAUUAUAUUCACAGUAAAUUCUAAUAAUUUCAAAUGGAUAGGUUGGAGUAAUUUUUUCUUAUGUUGAUUUUGUCCUCAAGUGGUAGGGCAGCAAAGUUAUGGAGCUUCAGUUGAUAUAUGUGUGUUUUUUAUCAAAGGAAUUUUCUUACUAAUUGUAUGUUUUCGAAUAAUGCUUGUUUAUGAAAAUCACUUGACCCCAACUCAUUGUUAGUCACCACUCUCGACAAAUGCAUUAAAGGUAGAGUACUGCCUUUGGUGACUGGUGGAAAUACAUCUCUCAACUGUCAAUGUAAUUGUGAAAUGCAAAUCAAAGGUUUAUCGCCAUAUCAGGACUAUUUGAGCGUACCGGUAGAGUACAGUCAUUAGUUGCUGGUGUAAAAUGUGAUUGUGAAAUGCGAAUCAAAGUUUUAUUGUCAUCCAGUAAAGUACCAGGACUAUUUGAGUGUUCAUGUUUAAAUUUAAUAAAAGUUAUUGGGUUUUUCGAUUGUUAAAGUGGUUAUUGUAAUAGUUGAUGUUUGAGAACAUUUUUGACAAAAAAACUCUGGGGUUUCGAUUAAAAAUAUUUUAUCCAGGGAGAAUCUAUUUGAAAACAAAUCACAUACCGGUACAUAAAGUCAGUCACAUUAUAAUAUAUAUUCACAGCAAAUUUCAACAAUUCCAAAAAGUGGAAGUGAUUUUUGUCUGUUGAAUGGUCGAUUUUACAGACUUGUAUGUACUUUUCUGUAAGUUGAAGGGCGGCAAAGUGUUAUUUGCAGCAUUUUACCUCAAGACACAGUCUUUUCUCUAGUACGUGAGUUAAGGCCCCUGGAAAAUUCUGCUUCAAAAUGACAUAUUUUGGGGGGAUCUUUAUGUACAUUUGUGUAGGUGUCUGCAUGUAGUCAAGGGUAAAAGGUAGUUAUGUAUGGGUUUUGAUGGGUUUUUUUGGUUUUAUUUUGGAGGGGGAUAAAACAAUUUUCCUGACAAAAAUAAUGUCCGGGUCUUCAAAAAAGGGUACAUAGGUAACAUAAGCCGAUGUUGUUUUUGGAAAAAAUGUUGCAACCUGCACUUCAGCAGUUGUGUACAAAGUCUAUAAUCAAGAAAACUGUCCAAAUAUUUCCUAAAAAAAUUGGAAAGUCCCGGAUUCAUGUCUUAUCAUCAUUUUUUUGCAAUAACUGACCUUCAUUGAGAUGAUAUAUGAAGAAAAAUUGGCGUCAGGCUGCAACAUUAUUUCCUUGUUUUUUUUGGGGGGGGGGUCCUAAAUAUAACAUGUAUACGGCAUUAUAUUUCAGGAGCCGGAUUUUAAGUAAUGAGGCAAGUUGUAUUGUUAUUGCACAGAAGAUGUGAUCUUUGGAGACUGGACCCAAUAUUAUGUGAUUAUCGCAAACGAAAAUGUUUUUUUUUUUUUUUAGGAUUUGUAAGGAUUUGAAAUCGGGACAGGUCACAACUGCUCUUGCUGUCAUUUGAAAAUAAAUAUUCAGUUUGAAUAGUGAUACUGAUAUAAGCCCCAAA